GCAGUAGCAGGAAGCUGGAAUCAGAAGAUUUGCUGGGACUUGAAAUCCGGCACUCUGGAACGGGACACGGACAUUGCAAGUGGCGUCUUCACUGCUGUGCCAAAUACCAGCCCCGUAGGUGAUGCAUUCACAGUUCUUAUGUCUUCAUAUACUACUUACAAAACACUGUUAUAUACAAUGACAGCAUUGAUAGGGUAAAAACAAACCGUCAGGUGAUAUCACUUAAAAGAACUGUUUCUUUAAAUUUUUUGUAAAAUAACAAAGGAUCCACCCACAGCUCAAAGUCAGGAGGAAUGCAAGCAUUCCGAGUAGUAAUCUAGAAAGGUGGGACAAAAGGACUCUGGGUGUCGGACGUCCACCUCCGAUCACGGACUCUGGGGGAGUUUCUUGCUGUAGCUGGACAGAGAGCUGUUUUAGACAGUUGGUUCGUUGGUAUCAUCUGCCUCCUAUUGUCUCAUCGAGGCUCCAAGUCCACGAUGAUUGGAAAUCAGACCCUCUGUACCCAUUUCACGUUUGUGGCUUUUUCCUCUCUAGCAGAGUUACAGCUGGUCCUCUUUGGUGUGUUCUUAGUCAUCUACUUAUUUACGCUGGGAGGCAACUCCAUCAUUAUCUUCCUGAUCAGCGUCACCCCUUCCCUGCACACCCCCAUGUAUUUCUUCCUGGUGAACCUCUCCUUCCUGGAGAUGUGCUACAUCACCAGUGUGGUGCCUCAGAUGCUGGUGCACCUGCUGGUGCAGAACAAGACCAUCAGUGUGGCAGGCUGUGCAGCCCAGAUGUACACAUUUACCAUCCUGGGGCUGACAGAAUGCUGCCUGCUGGCGGCCAUGGCUUAUGACCGCUUUGUGGCUAUUUGCUACCCACUGCAUUACUCCCUCCUGAUGGGUCCUGGCGUGUGCCUGAAGCUGGCUGCAGCAUCUUGGCUCACCGGGGUGGUGGUGGAGUCAGCCCAGACCACGUGGAUCUUCAGUCUGCCCUUCUGUGGAGCAGGGAGGAUUCAGCACUUCUUCUGCGAUAUCAUGCCCGUGGUGAAGCUGGCCUGCGUCGAUACCUCCCACAAUGAGCUGGUGCUGUUCUGUGUCUCUGUCCUCUUCAUCAUGAGCCCCUGCCUCCUCAUUCUCUGCUCCUACAUGCGCAUACUUGGGACCAUCGUGGGAAUGCCCUCAGCAGCCGGCCGCCACAAAGCUUUCUCCACCUGUUCCUCUCACAUCCUGGUCGUUUCCCUCUUCUACGGCACUGCUUUGUUCACAUACCUCCAACCCAAGACAGCACACACCCCGCGAACAGACAAAGCGACGGCACUCAUGUACACAGUUGUCACUCCUGCUCUGAAUCCUGUUAUCUAUACUUUGAGGAACAAAGAAGUGAAGGAAGCCUUUCAAAGGAUAACACAAAAGAAUGCUCUUAGGCAAAUGGCCCAAACUAGCCGUGGUAGAUGAAACUUAAACUCCAGAGAGUGUACCCCGAUGUGGUGAUUCUUCUGUCAGUAUGUACUAUGAUUUAAUGGUUAAUAGCUUAGCAUCCAGGAAACCAUUUGAUUUGUUCUACCUUUUCCAGUGAGCAUAAGCAAAAGGGACCUAUGAAGUAGAAUCAUUCAAUGUUUCAGUCAUUUGUUUGCUCACCAAUAGGAAAGACCCUCAAAAAGUUCACG